AUGAUUCCUCCAACCUUUGAUUAUACGUCGGAAGAAAACCAACAUGAUGCCGCAGCACGAGACACACAAGCAGAGCCACCACUUAUUGUUGGUGCAAGCCACUUCUCUGGUGGGCCUUCCAUGAAGCAAACCAACAUCACCGUGAAGUUGUCUCCAAAACAUGAGCAAUACUUUACAUUUAGCCUAGGACUGCCUCCAUUCUUUCUACCUGUUAUCGUGGACAAUUUUACAUCUCCCAUUAUUCAUUACGAUCGUAACACAACUCUUGUGAUCACAUGUAAAUAUGUGCCACAAGAAUAUCAAGACUCCUCGACUCUUCCUUUGGACAGCGACACAGUGUACACCGUAAAGAUGUCAUUAACUCCUUCGUCUGUGCCUCAGUUGGAAAAAGAUGCUUCCAUAUCUAGAUAUCUAGAAAAGAAUCUGAAAGCUAAUAAUGUAACUCCCUCAAUUCUUGCCUACCUUAAAGAUUAUUUCAUUAUUGUGAGAGAAUAUAUACCUGGAUCAUCGUUGAAAUGUUUGACUAUGGAAAAACCAACAACAGACCUGGACACUCUCCAAAAGACUCUAGAAACAGCUAUCAACCUAUGCAGAGGUGUUGACCAGCUUCACACAAUGAGAGUAGUUCAUUGCGAUCUGGCUCCUGAUAACAUUAUUUGGAAUCAAUCAACUGUAACAAUUAUUGAUUUUGGCCUCAGCGAGCUAUUACCAUUGUCCAAUCCGUAUGUAUACACCUCAAACCCAAAGGGAAACGCUAGAUACAUGUCUCCAGAAGCAACUGGCCGUCUUCCGAAACCCUUAGGGUUCUAUAGCGACAUUUACAGCCUUGGAUUCAUACUAUUCGAAAUGAUCGCAAAAGACCAUCCGUUUAGUAGCUGUGUGAAAAGCUCAGAUUUUAUUUUCUCUCACAUCACAAAGCAGCCAGAAUCGCUGUAUCAAAAUUUGAAACGAAGAGGUAUCAUUACGGACGAAGACUCUACAUUCGCAACAGCGGUUCGUGCGAUCGCGCUUGUUAUUAACAAGAUGGUUCAAAAAUCCAUUGAAAAGAGAUACUUUUGCAUGGAAGGUGUUAUUGCUGAUCUUGAUAUUGUUCUAAAAUGCAUCCAAAAAGAAGACAAUUCUUGCCUCUGUAGCUUUAUUCCUGGACAACACGAUGUACAAACAACGAUCUCUAUUCCUUUCGUUGUGUAUGGAAGGGAUUUGAUUAUUGAUGAAAUGAGCAAUCGUUUGCAAACCAUGAUUGACCUGAAUGUACCAACUUUAGUCAUGGUACGAGGAUAUUGCGGUGUUGGAAAAACAAGUAUUGUGCGAGAGUUUAGAAACAGAUGCAAGGACAUGAUUGUGUAUUUUGAAGCAAAGUAUGAUCAGAAUCAGAACAUCCCGUUUUUUGCCUUUACCUCCAUCAUUAGCUCUAUCAUCGAGGCUGUACUUGGGGAAACAGAAGAGUUUAUUUCUGAAUUUAAAAGCUAUGUUCUUGCAUGGCUUAGUGUUACACAGCUCGAGAUGCUUGGUGAAGCAAUUGCUAAUUUUAAUUUAAUAUUUCCUUCCUAUCAAGGCAGAUCUAGUGCAUUCAUUUGGAAGGAACACCAGGAAGCAGUCAAGUUAUUUUCUCAAGGAGUCAUUUGCUUGUUAAAAGCGUAUAAUCAAAUGAAGCACAAGCCUAUUACCAUUUUCAUUGAUGACGUACAGUGGACAGAUUUUGAAUCAAUGAAGUUGUUAAAGGAAAUGAUGGGGUUGGGAACCUGUGAAAUCUUUCCUUUGCUUUUGAUAUUCGCAUACCGAGACAAUGAAGUGAAAGACAACGACCACCAUCCAUUGAAUAUAUUUCUGGAAUCAGCUAGGUCAAUUGCUUCAAUAACGGACAUAGAGGUACCAGAACUAACUGAAGAAGAUUGCAAUUAUUUGGUCGCAGCAUCAUUACACCGAACUCCAAGAGACACUGAAAACCUAACGAAAGUACUGUAUUCCAAGACCAAAGGAAAUCCAUUCUUCUUGAAACAAAUGCUUGUUACACUCUUCCAGGAAGAAAAAAUAUUUUUCAACCGGACCUUACAAGCAAUUUCUUGGAAUUUGGAAGAAAUAGAUCAUGUGAAAUAUUCACAAAACGUCGUUGAUUUUUUAUUGAUUCGGUUUGAUUGUAUGCUCCCAGAUACUAAAAAAGCAUUAGCGUAUGCUUCAUGUAUUGGAUGCAAAGCCCUGUUUCAACAUUUGUUUCACUUAAUGAACAUUAAGAAGGAUGAGUACUCAGCUUUGGAGCUGAAGGAAAUUCUCGAUCACGGAGUUAAAGAAGGUUGGAUCAGCUACAUUGACUCUCAUACUUUACAAUUCAAUCAUGAUAGGCUACAACACGCGGCAAAUUCGUCAUUAUCAGAAACAGAAAAAGCCAAAACGCAUUACACUUACGGAAAGUAUCUUUUACAAAAGGUUAAGACUGGCGAAAUUACUCAAGAAGAGGUUAUAUUUGACAUUGUGGUUCAUUUGAACCACAGAUCUAAAGACCCUAAAAUUCUUAAUUCUCCAGAGAAGCGUAGACGCCUAUUAGAAUUGAACAAAAUGGCUGCCAAGAAAGCAUUAAGUAGUUGCUGUGCAAUAGAACAAGCAAAGGUGUUCGCUAACACGUCCCUAGAAAUUUUACAACUUGAGAAAGAUGUUUGGGGGGAACCACUAUACCAGACCACUUUUGAGCUGUUCAUGAUUCAAGGAAAUUGCGAAUAUGUGACCAAUGUUGAUUCUGCAAUCUCCAUCUUCAAUAUUGCCUUACAAAAAGCAAAAACCAGAUUACAUGUUUUUGAAGCUUGCUAUAAUCUAGAGAUGAGUUAUUUGACCCAAGGAAAGUUUGAAGCCGUGUUUGAAUUGUUGACGACACACAUUUUUCCAGCUUUUGAAGAACUGAAGUUUUUGACAGUCCCUUCUAAUCGAAAUGUUGAUGUUCUGCGAGAAUGGAUCGACAACAAGAUGAAAUACAUGAAAAAGAAUAUCAUUCCUAAAUUUACCAAAAAGGACGUUCUAGAAUUGCCUGAUAUGACAGAUCCAGAGGAUAUAUAUUUUAUACAAAUGCUUUCUCAGAGUUGUCCAGCAAUCUUCCAUAUGAAAUCACUGGACACCAUGCACACUCCAAACAGCAGAUUUAUUUUUAUGACCUGCAUGCUGAUAGGUAUGGAAAAAGUACUGAAACAUGGAUUGUGUCUGGAUGCUCCCAUUUUACUCGCCGUCUGCUCUCAUUUUUGGAGCACGUAUGAUAUUUGGCCUAGAAUGACAAUGUUUAUUGAUGCUUCGAUAGAGCUCUCACGAAAUCGGUACAAGAACCCACAACACUGGUCCUCAUGCCUCUUACUUAAAAUUAUGAGCUUUGCUUUGUAUCCAAACAUCAAUGCCUUGGAAGUUUGGAAUUUGAUUGAAGAAGCUUUUCUAUUGACAGUCAAGUGUAACAAUAGAGGAUACGGAGUGUUUACCAUAACAUAUUACCCCUUCUACCAUUUCUUUUUUGCUAAUUCUGAUAUCAAAACUUCUAUUGAGCUCAGCAAGCAAUGCAUUGCCAUUAUUAAGGAAAUUGGAAAUUGUGUCCUUCUAGACACCAGUAACAUGAUUCUUGAGAUGAAGAGAGUCAUUUGCGGUGAGACGGAGAGUUUUGACCCUCCAUACACUUGUGAUGUUAUUCACUAUCCCUUUUUUAGAUGUAUGCACUUCUUGUUUAAAGCAAUUUCUCUCUUUUUUCAACAGCAAUUGGAAGAGUCGUUUACAUGCAUUGAACAGACGUUUGAAUUUAAAGAAGAAGUAUUUGGAAUGUGUGCUGAGUGGGUUCUCGUUAUUUCUCAAGGUUUAGUAUGUUGUGCUUUUCAAAAGUAUAUUCUAUUGAAUCACAUACCCAAUCAAGAGGAGAGACUGCAAAAAAGUGACAAAAUUAUUGAUGACGUCCUGCAAAGAUUGGAAAGGCUUUGCCAAUGUAAUUCACUGAUUUUUCCAAGCCCAUUUGCAUUGAUCAAAGCAGAGAAGCUAUGGUGUGAAUAUUUACGGUUUGGACAUGACAACACUAGAAGCAUUAUCAAUUUGCUGACACAAAGUUUGACACUUGCCACCCAAGAAAGAAACCACUUUAUGGUGAAGUUUUGCAACCUAAAAUUGGGAGAGUUAUUCAAAGAUCUUAAUCUAUUUGACAGCAUUUCUGGAAAGUAUUUUUUCAAUGCAUACGAGCAAUUCAAUGAAAUGGGUGCAUCUCUUAUGGUUAACCAUAUUUGCGAGAAAUACAAGGAUCAAAUAGAUGCCUAUGAACGAGAGAUGGGUACAUCCGUAGCAUCGUCGACGAGCUCUUCCGAAAAAAGCGCCUCCACUGUCCAACAAGAAUUUUCAUUAACAUCCAUUACUAAGAGCAGAUUUGCAGAGAGCAACGAAGUUGACUUCAAAGAGAUAUUUAUUUCUAUUUUACCUUUGCUAAACGAACAUACUGACUCUAAUCGAUGUUGCCUACUCCUCAAAAGAAAUACUACACUAUAUCUAGAUGCAGAGCUUAAUGAUGAAUUAAACCCAAAAGUGAGCAUACUGCCACACCUAAAUCAUGAAGAGGCAUCUAUUGACAAAAUCGCUGAUAAAUUGCCUCUGAAAAUGAUAUAUAGGACAAUGCGAACGAGAUAUGAGCAAGUUUUUUCACAAUCUACGGAACUUGAUCCAUACUUUGAGAAUUCUCAUAUUGCCUCAGCAUUAUGUUUGCCAAUUAUUCGUGAAAAAAGUGUGAUUGGGUGCGUCUAUCUCGAAAAUAGAGAAAUCGAACACUCUUUCACCGUGGAAAAGAUCAACACUGCCAAGUUAAUCAUUUCAAUUAGUAUUGACAAUGCUAAAAUUUUCAGCUCUAUCAACAAAUCCUACGCUCGAUUUCUUCCAUCUGAAUUUUUAAAGCUCCUUGGAAAGAGUCAUGUGACCAAAGUGAGACUAGGUGACGCAAUCUCACGAGAAAUGACUGUUCUCUUUUCAGAUAUUUAUGGUUUUACAGAAUUAAUGGAGUCUCUUUCAGCCAAAGAAGGGUUUAGUUUCAUCAAUCGACUGCUAUUUAAGAUAGCACCGCCUAUUAGCAAGUAUGGAGGAUUCAUAGAUAAAAUAUUAGGCGAUGGUAUCAUGGCGCUGUUUCCUGACCCUCAAUCUGCGGUGAAAGCUUCAUUGGAAAUGAUAUUCGAGUUGGAAAAAUUCAACGCUGAAAAUGUAUACAGUGUAAAAAUGGGAAUUGGUAUUUCCAAUGGUAUGGUGAGCCUUGGAACUAUUGGAUACGAAGACAGACUCGAUGCUACCGUUAUUUCUGAUACAACCAAUGUUGCCUCGCGCUGUGAAUCAGUGUCCCGAUCAUUUAAAUCAAGAAUCAUUGUCACGGAGACUGUUAUCAAUGGUUCCAGUCAGAUAUCAGAUGCCUACAUUAUUUAUAUUGGAAAAUUUAUUUUGAAGGGCAAACAAAUUGCUCGAGAUUUAUAUGCCAUAAAAGGCAAGAAAUGGAAGACCAUGAUCCAAAACGAAGAUUUGUUCGAAAAAUCUACAAUUUCCCAAGUGGUGUCGUUAUUUCAAUCUAAAAAGUUCGAUGAAUGUCUUGAACUAACCAAACAAAUUAGGAAUGACACCACCACAAGCAAUCCUUUUGUGCUCGCCAUGUGUCGAUUUUAUUCACGGGCCUGUGACAUUUAUUCGAAUUGCAAACUUCCAGAGUCAUGGUCAGGAGAUAUUCGAUUAAGUAAGGAUGGAGAACCAAAACCAUAUUUUUUGGAAGAGAGUUAUUAUCACCCAUGA